UUAUGAUUAUCCUUUCAGGCUCCACGAAAUUGCAACAAUAGUAUUCCCUCGCUAUAACUGUAGGCUUAGAAUACCCUUGAAACACUUUCCCCUUGGAUGUAAUUUAGAAGUCGGAACACAUAACUGCGCAUGGACAUCACAGGGUGUGUAUUCUCUGUACAAUUCGUGGGACGGCGCAUCUAAAACAUUGUUUAAGUUUAAUUUUGAUGCUCUUGUGACUCUCGUGAUCCUGAUAAUAGAAACGGAGAAACCGCCAAAAUUAUGCUGGCAAUGUGUCUUAGGGGUCUUUUGCGCCAGAGGAGGCGAACUAUUUUUAUCGCCGCAACCUUUAUGAUAACAGUAUCAGGAUAUUUCCUAUUAUUUAAACCUUCAAUGAGAAACACUCAAAUGCACAGGCGGGUGCUUUCGCAGGGACGACCGGCGUUCCUGGAGAAUAAAUCUAAAGUAGAAGUUAACCAAACGUGUGUUCAUCCCCAAAUGGAUCCAUUCGAUCCGUCAAUCUAUCAAUUUUACCACAAGGAAUCGCCGCUUCAAUGUGCUAGCGAACCGAACUGGAUCAGCGUCUUAAAUGGGACGGUGUUAUUCGAAGACAGUGCCAUAAAAAAGCACGGUCAGCUGACGUGUUCCCUCUGGCCCAUGAUUCGAGACGACGAUUUUAACACUGUGUAUGGAGCACCGAUAAUGAAGAUAAAAUCAGGAUAUAAAUUGAAGUCAGAUUUUUUCAAAAUUGACUGCAAUGCAAAGGAUGGGGAAAAAUAUGUGAAUUUACAUUCCGGAAUCUCAUUCAAUGCGAACCUCCAUCGCCGUAUCAAGAGAAUGAAACAGCCUGAAAAUAAACACCCCAAACUUGACGUUCUUAUGUUUGGAUUUGAUUCUGUAUCUCGCAUGAGUUGGAUACGCAAUCUCCCGAAGUCUUACAAAUACUUCACGGAAGUACUCAAUGGGGUCGUUCUGGAGGGUUACAAUAUUGUCGGCGAUGGCACACCACAAGCUUUACUCCCGAUUCUGACGGGCAAAACCGAGCCCGAACUUCCGGAAGCGCGCCGUGGAAAACCCGGAGCAAAAACAGUUGAUGGUCAUCCGUGGAUAUGGAAACAAUAUAGGGAGAAAGGAUAUGUUACUCAGUGGGGAGAGGACGGCGGCUUUAUUGGUACAUUUCAGUAUCGAAUGCUCGGUUUUAUCGAUCCCCCAGUUGAUCAUUUUUACCGCCCGUUCGAACUGCUUGUCGGAAAACAUGGGACUCCUAGCUUUUGUCUCGGCUCUCUCCCGAGGCAUAAAAACAUGCUGAAUUGGAUAUCCGGCAUGUAUACCAUGUAUAAAGACAAUCCAAAAUUUAUGUUUAUGUUCCAUUCUGAGUUUAGUCAUGAGGCAAUGAAUGCACUGCAGAAAGCAGAUGAUGAUCUCUACACGUGGUUAAAACACAUACACAAAAAUGGCUACCUAGACAAUGCUCUUUUAAUCUUAAUGAGCGACCAUGGUGCGCGAUUCCAGGACAUACGCAAAUCUAUACAAGGAAAGUUGGAAGAAAGAAUGCCCUACUUUGGUUUGAGAUUUCCAGAGUGGUUUGAAAAACGCUAUCCAAAUGAGAUAAAGAAUCUGCAGAUUAACCGACAUCGUUUAACCACGCCGUUUGAUAUCCACGAAACGUUUGAACAGCUAUUAGACAUGUCCAAAAAUAAGGAGUUUACUACAUCGAAUCGAGGAAUUAGCCUCUUUCAGGAAAUUCCUAAAGCGAGGUCGUGCCAGGAUGCAGACAUUGAACCUCAUUGGUGCGCUUGUCUAAACUGGGUCACUGCGUCAAACGAAGACCCGGAUGUUGUGAAAGUUGCAGGGUACCUUGUCAAUAAAAUUAACAAAAUCACAGAGCAACAGCGAUCGGAAUGCGAUGAGCUUCAUCUUCAUCACAUUGUUAAUGCAGUCAUGCUCAAACCAAACGAUAAAGUUUUAAAAUUUAAAAAGAGUGCAGACUAUGACGGGAGAAUUCCAGACUUAUCUGAUGAUCUGACAUCAACGCAUAUUCUCUAUCAGGUUACCAUAGUAACUAUGCCCGGUGGGGGCCAAUUUGAAUCAACUAUCAUGCAUUCCAAAGAAGACGAUUCCUUCAAGUUGAAUGAACGGGAUAUAAGUAGGAUUAAUAAGUAUGGUAAUGCCCCACAUUGCGUGAUGACUCGAUUACCGCACCUGCGGCCUUAUUGCUAUUGUAAGAUUCAGAAAUAACCGAAUUGUUAUGUAAUCAUCGAACUUCCAUUCAAUUGUUUCUCUAGAGGAAUACAUUUGUGCGUGCAAUACGUCCUGAUCAGAUCUCCAACAAUCAUAAGUUCCAUCACUGAACAAUACGCAAGUGUUAAUGAACAUGGUUAUUUUUGUAUCAAUUUUAGUUUGUGAUUUAGUUUGUUUUUUACAUAAAAAUUCCUUAAAUAUUCAGAAUCGUGAAAAACUGAAUAAUGUUAAAAUGAUUUUUGGCAAAGGGGAGGGUGUUGCCCCGAACCCCUCGAACAAGGCAACGUGAUCUUGAUAAAUCAGAAUGAAGAAAUUAGGUUAAACCAUUAUUUCCCUUUAAACCCAUACUACGGAUGAAGCUAGUCCAACAUCACCCCCCCCCCCAUCUAUGUCCAAAACUAGUUCAAAUUA